AUGACUGUGUCUCUACUUCUGAGGCUGCCAAAUAAUCCACGUCACUGGAUGCUUGGACAAGUUGAUUUUAUUAAUUGGGGGGACUCCAUGCCAGGUUAUACCUCUGGUGUCGAUAACACUAGAGGUUUGACAACGCGUCAUGGAGCCAUUGGCCUAAUUGCAUGGGGCAUGCUCCUUCCAUUUGGGGCAAUCAUCCCAAGAUACUUCAAGCAUCAUGAUCCUCAAUGGUUUUAUCUUCAUAUCUCGAUCCAGAUUGUGGGUUUUCUUCCGGGUCUUGCUACUGUCGUUGCAGGAAGGACACUCUACAAUGGACUGGAGUCUCAUCGCAUUUCCAAAUCCAAGAUUCACAGACCCAUCGGAUCCUUGGUGUUUUUCCUUAGCAUUCUUCAGGUAAUGGCAUUGAUUCUAAGGCCGGACAAGACAGCCGAACAGCGCAAUUACUGGAACUGGUAACAUCAUUUGGUAGGGACACUUGCUCUCUUCUUGGAAGCUCUGAAUUUUGUGAUUGGACUUUGCAUGGCAGAAGCAGGCUUGGGGUGGAAGACAGGCUAUGGAUUUCUUGUAACCUUCAUUCUUGUGACAGUCACCGUUUUGGACGUGUGCUUGGGGCUGGGGAGAUCCAAGAAGGCAGAUGCGACUCCUUUUUUUUGGAUGCAAUUAGGUUUUUCGUUCAUGUGUCUGCACC